AUGGGUGAUGUUGAAAAAGGCAAGAAGAUCUUUAUUCAGAAAUGUUCUCAGUGCCACACAGUUGAAAAAGGUGGAAAGCACAAGACAGGACCAAAUCUUUGGGGUUUAUUUGGCCGCAGAACAGGACAAGCUGCAGGAUUUUCUUACUCAGAUGCAAACAAGAACAAAGGAGUUACCUGGACUGAGAGUACACUGAUGGAGUAUUUGGAAAACCCUAAGAAAUACAUUCCUGGUACAAAAAUGAUUUUUGCUGGAAUUAAAAAGCAGAAUGAAAGAGCUGAUCUUAUUGCAUACUUGAAAAAAGCAACUUCUUCAUGAAACAUGGCUGCAGCAGCUGUAGUAACAGUGCAAAUGCUUUUAAUUUUGAGUAGCCGCUAUGUCAGGUUUUAGCAUUUUGAUGUUUAUUGUUCAUUAGGGACUGGCCUUAGCAAAACCAAAGAAAUGUAUGUUUUAAGAUGCUGCAUCCUAAUAAAUAACACUGAGAGGUGAGCAUU